CAGUCAAAACAAUAACUGGUCACCAUGUCUGACUCCUUUGCCGCCCAGGCCCAAGACUUGGCUCCACAACAGGGCUACUACUUUUUUUCUAGCAGCUUGCUCUUGGCCCUGGAAUCGCCGUCUCCGACGUCUCUUUGCAGCAAUCAACCAUGGAUUCAGAUGCGGAUAUGGAAGAUUAUGGCUUUGAGUAUUCUGAUGAGGAGCCUGAAGAGCAAGAUGUUGACAUCGAGAAUCAGUACUACAAUACUAAAGGACUUGUGGAAGCUGAUCCUGAAGGAGCGCUAAAGGGGUUUGCGGAAGUUGUGAGGAUGGAAGGAGAGAAGGGGGAGUGGGGAUUCAAGGCGCUGAAGCAAACAGUCAAGCUUCAUUAUCGGGUCGGUAAUUACAAGCAGAUGAUGGAUGCGUAUAGAGAAAUGUUGACCUACAUCAAGUCGGCUGUUACUCGGAAUUACAGCGAAAAAUGUAUCAACAACAUCCUUGACUUUGUAUCAAAUGGCGCUAAUCAGAACUUGGAGUUGCUUCAGGAGUUCUACCAGACCACUCUAAAGGCCUUGGAAGAAGCUAGGAAUGAGAGAUUAUGGUUCAAAACGAACUUGAAGUUGUGCAAAUUGUGGUUUGAUAUGGGAGAAUAUGGUCGAAUGAACAAAAUCUUGAAGGAGCUUCACAAAUCUUGUCAAAAGGAAGAUGGCACAGAUGACCAGAAGAAGGGCACGCAGCUGCUGGAAGUUUAUGCGAUUGAAAUUCAGAUGUAUACAGAGACUAAGAACAACAAAAAACUUAAGCAACUAUACCUGAAAGCGCUGAACAUAAAGUCUGCUAUUCCGCAUCCACGCAUUAUGGGGAUCAUCCACGAAUGUGGAGGGAAAAUGAACAUGGCUGAGCGGCAGUGGGCCGUUGCAGCCACUGACUUUUUUGAUGCAUUCAAGAACUACGAUGAGGCUGGUACCCACAGGAGAAUCCAGUGUUUGAAGUACUUGGUGCUUGCGAACAUGCUUAUGGAGUCUGAGGUGAACCCAUUUGAUGCUCAGGAGGCUAAACCAUACAAGAAUGAUCCAGAAAUUUUGGCAAUGACAAAUUUAGUGGCUGCCUAUCAAAGGAAUGAAAUUCUUGAGUUCGAAAAAAUUCUCAAGAGUAACAGAAAGACCAUAAUGGAUGACCCUUUCAUUCGGAACUACAUUGAAGAUCUGCUCAGUAAAAUCCGCACGCAAGUGUUGCUGAAGCUCAUUAAACCUUAUACCCGAAUACGUAUUCCCUUCAUAUCUAAGGAGCUGAACAUACCUGAAAAGGAUGUGGAGCAACUCCUUGUAUCUCUGAUCCUGGAUAAUAGAGUACAUGGUCAUAUUGAUCAAGUAAACCAAUUGCUGGAACUUGGUGACAGGUCCAAGGGGUUGAGGAAAUAUACAGCGAUUGAUACAUGGAACACUCAACUGAAGUCUCUCUCGCAAACAGUGACGGCCAGGAUUGGUUAGAAACUUUCUCUAAUUUAAUUCUACAGCUCUGGCGCACACUAACAUGUGCGACAACUUUCCGUCCAUGUCUCUUUACUAGUGUACAUUUUGGGGGUACUAGUCUGAACUACUUAGGGUUUCGUGGGAUCAAUAUUUCACGUGAGAGAGGCCCCUUUCGGCGACCUUUUCAUGUAGAUUGAGUUGGCAUACUGUUUUUGUAGGCGCCUGUGUUAGCCCACCAGCACUAGUUAGAAACGGAAUACAAUAUUUUGAUACGGUAUAAACACCUGUUUCAAGGUGCUGAUUCUGUUCUAUGAAUGGUGCAAGACACCUGCCCUUGUUAGCACACAA